UAAAACACCGCGUGUAGGAAGGCAAUUAUUUGUUGAACAUUUUGGUUGUCUCUAUUAAAAAAGGGAAAAAGGAACGGUGCGGGAUAUUAACGAAACCACCGUAAAACAAGAGACGAGUUUGUGGAACAGUGGCAUUGGAUUCCGCAGAUGAAUGUCUUUUGAAACCACACCCACCUAACCUUCGACUUCUUGCUACUCACACCACUUUCUACACAUUUACUCCCAAACACUUUCUCUUCCAAAUGGCCGACAGUGGUUCCAACCCUACCCCUUCUCCUCCUCCACCGCCCGCUGACACCGCUCCACCGCCACAACAACUUGAUUUGCCCACUGCCUUAGCUGCAGAACCCGAACCCGAACCCGAACCCAAACCCAAACCCCCUGUUACUGACAACAAGGAGCCCGAUAACACUUGCGAGGAGGAUGUGGUAGUGGUUGAAGAGAAAGAGAAAGAAGAAGAAAAAGAGGAGCGGAAGAUUCCGCAAAGCUUAGAGUCGUUCAAGGAGGAGAGCAAUAGGGUUUGUGAUCUGUCGGAAUCGGAGAGAAAGAGUGUGGAGGAGCUGAAGGAGAUGCUGAGGGAGGAGCUGAAAGCGGAAGGAGAAGUUUCGAUUUGGGGUGUUCCUCUGCUGAAGGACGAAAGAACCGAUGUGAUUCUUCUGAAGUUUCUGAGAGCCCGAGAGUUCAGAGUGAAGGACGCUCUUUUCAUGAUCAAGAACACUCUCCGCUGGAGGAAGGACUUCAACAUGGACGCUCUCUUAGAUGAAGAUCUGGGUGAUGAUUUGGAUAAGGUUGUGUUCAUGCACGGACAUUCCAGACAGGAGCACCCUGUCUGUUACAACGUCUAUGGAGAGUUCCAGAACAAGGACCUUUAUCGCAAGGCAUUCUCCACGGAACAAGCUCGCACCAACUUUCUCCGUUGGAGGAUUCAGUUCUUGGAGAGGAGCAUUAGAAAGCUGGACUUCUCUCCCGGAGGCAUUAACACCAUUUUCCAAGUGAAUGAUCUUAAAAAUUCUCCAGGCCCUGCCAAACGCGAACUUCGCCUUGCCACCAAACAAGCCUUGCAGUUGCUUCAGGACAAUUAUCCCGAAUUUGUUGCCAAACAGGUUUUUAUCAAUGUUCCCUGGUGGUACCUUGCUUUCUACACCAUGCUCAAUCCCUUCCUCACUCAGAGGACCAAAAGCAAAUUUGUCUUUGCAGGCCCUUCCAAGUCUCCCGAUACUCUUUUCAAGUACAUUUCUCCGGAGCAAGUGCCGAUUCAGUAUGGUGGCCUCAGUGUAGACUUUUGUGACUGCAACCCAGAUUUCAGUGUGUCUGAUCCUGUCACGGAAAUUCCCAUCAAGCCAACCACAAAGCAAACUGUGGAAAUUGCUAUUUAUGAGAAAUGCAUUAUUGUUUGGGAGCUGCGGGUGGUGGGCUGGGAGGUCAGUUAUGGUGCUGAGUUCAAGCCCGAUGCUACAGAUGGAUAUACUGUUAUCAUACAGAAGGCUGCCAAGAUGUCACCCACCGAUGAACCCGUGGUUUCCAAUAGCUUUAAAGUUGGUGAACUAGGCAAAUUAUUGCUCACUGUCGACAAUCCUACCACCAAGAAAAAGAGGCUUCUUUACAGGUUCAAGAUCAAACCUUAUUCUGAUUGAGGCAAAAUCAUCUCCUGUCCUCUCUGGUGAUUUUCGGUACACGAAGGAAAUUGAACCUGAAGAGUAAGAAUUAUGCAUGUCAUCAUUUGUUCAGUCCAUUCUUCAUCUGUAAUUUUGGUCCUGAGUUGUUUGCAGAUUGGCUUUCUCUGUCUUUGUUGUAUUCAUUACUUUUAUUGCUAGACAAACAUGUUAGCUGGCUAGUCUAAAUUGGUCGUUUAUUUUCUGGUGAUGGGCAAUGCCGGGGAAGAGUGUAGGAUGUGUAAUUGGAAUUGGAGUUGGUUUAUGGGAUUAUAUGUAUUACCAACAUUUUGUGUCACUUUAAUGGUCAAACCAACGUAUAGAAAGCCUGGUUAAGAGAAGUUUCCAUGUAAAAUUUUUGUUAUUGUACUUAUCCAGCCUGCAGUUUGGUUUAAUUAUAAGCAUUUUGAAUGUCAUAGAUAUGUAAUAUAAGAGUUGUAUGCUUGAUUUCUCACUUUCUUUCUUGACAAAAUUUACUAGUUUAAACUGGUUGUACAAGUUCUUUUAGAUUUGGCUUCUAAUUUCCAAGUUAGGGGAAAGGUUCUAAGGAAGCUAGUCCCCUUUUGAAUGAUAUUUUUGAGGAUUUGAAUGUAUAUUGCGAUUUCAUUG